GUGGGCGGAGGAUCGGGGCUGCCGCCGCUUCGCUUGCAUCCCACCCACGCAUCUCUGAUGCCCGCAGCCGGGGAGCCUCCUCAUCUAACAGCCGCGGCAGGAGGAAAAGAAAGGAAAGAGGAGUGAAAACAACAACCGCAGCACCCUCCGCCUGCCUCCUGCCCGCCCUUCCCCAGAAAGCUGAAGCAGGGCAGCAACAUCGGCCAAGCGAAGGCUCUGUCCGCGCCAGGGCCGUUCAAAGCAGGCGAGCCGCUUUUUGCAGCCGCUAAGCAAGGCAGGAUGGCCGUUCCCUUGACCGACACCGAGAAAAGGAAGCAGAUCAGCGUGCGGGGCAUCGCCGGACUGGGCGACGUGGCGGAGAUUCGGAAGAGCUUCAACCGGCACCUCCACUUCACCUUGGUCAAAGACAGGAACGUGGCCACCCCGCGGGACUAUUAUUUCGCCCUGGCGCACACCGUCCGGGACCACUUGGUGGGGCGCUGGAUCCGGACCCAGCAGUACUACUACGAGAAGGACCCCAAGCGUAUUUACUACCUGUCUUUGGAAUUCUACAUGGGUCGAACGCUUCAGAACACAAUGGUGAACUUGGGUCUGCAGAAUGCCUGUGAUGAAGCCAUUUAUCAGCUUGGACUGGACUUGGAAGAGCUGGAGGAGAUUGAGGAAGAUGCUGGCCUAGGCAAUGGAGGACUGGGGCGCCUGGCAGCUUGCUUUCUGGACUCUAUGGCAACGCUGGGACUUGCAGCCUACGGCUAUGGAAUCCGCUACGAAUUUGGCAUUUUUAAUCAGAAGAUUGUCAAUGGCUGGCAGGUGGAAGAAGCUGACGAUUGGCUGCGCUAUGGCAACCCUUGGGAAAAAGCCCGCCCAGAAUACAUGCUUCCUGUACACUUCUAUGGCCGGGUGGAUCACACUCCGAAAGGUGUCAAAUGGGUCGAUACUCAGGUCGUCCUUGCCAUGCCUUACGACACGCCUGUUCCAGGAUACAAGAACAAUACAGUGAACACCAUGAGACUGUGGUCAGCCAAAGCACCCAAUGAUUUCAGUCUUGAGGAGUUUAAUGUAGGUGAUUAUAUCCAGGCUGUCUUGGAUAGAAACUUGGCAGAAAACAUCUCCAGAGUCUUGUAUCCAAACGAUAACUUCUUUGAAGGGAAAGAGCUGCGUUUGAAGCAGGAAUACUUUGUGGUCGCUGCCACUCUUCAGGAUAUCAUACGACGAUUCAAGUCUUCCAAGUUUGGAUGUCGUGACCCUGUGAGAACCUGCUUUGAGACCUUCCCUGACAAGGUUGCCAUUCAGCUGAACGACACUCACCCAGCCCUCUCUAUUCCCGAGCUCAUGAGGAUCCUUGUUGAUGUGGAAGAAAUGGAGUGGGAUAAGGCCUGGGAAAUCACAAAGCGGACGUGUGCAUACACCAACCACACAGUGUUGCCUGAAGCUCUAGAGCGCUGGCCUGUCUCUAUGUUUGAGAAACUCCUGCCGAGGCACCUGGAGAUCGUUUAUGCUAUCAACCAAAAGCAUCUGGAUCAAGUGGCAGCCCUCUUCCCGGGAGACGUCGACCGCCUCCGAAGGAUGUCCGUGAUCGAGGAAGGAGACUGCAAGAGGAUCAAUAUGGCCCACCUAUGUGUCAUUGGCUCCCAUGCAGUCAACGGAGUGGCCAGAAUUCACUCAGACAUAGUGAAGAACUCUGUAUUCAAAGAUUUCUGGGAGAUGGAGCCAGAGAAGUUUCAGAACAAGACGAACGGCAUCACGCCCAGGCGGUGGCUCCUGCUGUGUAACCCGGGACUUUCUGAUGUCAUUGUGGAGAGAAUUGGGGAAGAUUUUCUAACGGAUCUAAGCAAGCUAAAGAAACUGCUGGACUUCAUCAACGAUGAGGCCUUCAUCCGGGAUGUAGCCAAAGUUAAACAGGAGAACAAGCUGAAGUUCUCAGCCCACUUGGAAGAACAGUACAAGGUGAAAAUCAACCCUUCCUCUAUGUUUGAUGUGCAUGUCAAAAGAAUUCAUGAAUACAAGAGGCAGCUCCUCAAUUGCCUGCAUGUCAUCACUCUCUACAACCGCAUCAGAAAAGACCCAAAAAAAUCCUACGUGCCAAGAACAGUUAUGAUUGGAGGAAAGGCUGCCCCCGGCUACCACAUGGCAAAAAUGAUCAUCAAACUGAUCACGUCCAUCGGAGAUAUCAUCAACAAUGACCCUUACAUAGGAGACAGGCUGAAAGUCAUCUUCUUGGAGAACUACAGAGUGUCCCUUGCUGAGAAAGUGGUCCCUGCUGCAGAUCUGUCUCAGCAGAUCUCCACAGCUGGUACUGAGGCCUCAGGGACAGGAAACAUGAAGUUCAUGCUGAAUGGAGCCCUCACCAUUGGGACCAUGGACGGCGCCAACGUGGAGAUGGCUGAGGAGGCGGGAGAGAAGAAUCUGUUCAUUUUUGGCAUGCAGGUGGAGGACGUGGAGGCGAUAGAUAAGAAAGGGUACAGUGCGAAGGAAUACUAUGACAGGAUUCCAGCGCUCAAGCAAGCUGUUGAUCAAAUUGGUAGUGGCUUCUUCUCACCAAAUGAUCCAGGAUGCUUCCGAGAUGUCGUCAACAUGUUGAUGUAUCAUGACAGGUUUAAGGUGUUUGCUGAUUAUGAAGCCUACAUCAAGUGUCAAGGGCAAGUGGACCAGCUGUACAUGAAUCCCAGAGAGUGGACUAAAAAGGUAAUCAGGAACAUUGCAUGCUCUGGCAAGUUUUCCAGCGACAGGACAAUUACCGAGUAUGCCAGAGAAAUCUGGGGAGUGGAGCCUUCUGCCGUGAAGAUUCCUCCACCCAACAUACCCAGGGAGUAAAUCCACCACACAAGGUGCAUGUAAAAGCCCCGGUUGGCUUGCCGCUCCGGCACUCCUGCUUCCUAAUGAAUUUUCCACAGAUGAAUUCAAAAUGUGCAUUUUACCACCCGCUGGUCGUCUCGUAUUUAUGAAGACAUGGUGGUUACUUGAAACGGAGGCAACUGGUGCUCUGGAGGAUUACGGUCAUUAAGGAAGAGUUGACCAAAUCCUUGUUGGCAAUGAUAAGAUUCAUUAUCUAAAGCAGGGAGCUUGAGCAAGGAAAUCAAGAUAAGGCCAUUCUCUCUUUUAAAACUCCUAUUUAACCAAUGCAAUUUAUGUGCAUGCUCUGUAUUGUUGAGAAAGUACCUGAGUUUUUGCACCCUUUUGUUCCUAUGCCAGCCCCACUGCCUAGUCAGUUAGGAGAUGCUUAUGUCUGUUUGAAAAACUUGCAAAGCUGAGAACUAGAUGUGGUGGUAAUGUCCAAUGAUUUAUGUUGAAUAAACAUGCCCUGCCGGCUGGAGGGAGGCAGACCCAAAACCCUUCUACAACCCAAAAAGGUGCAGUUUCCAAAUAGCUUGUUCUAAAGAUGGUUCCGCCCUUCCUGUUGUUAGACCCCAAAGCUUGUCAGUAACCUGUUCCUGUUUUAAACUAUUCAUUUGUAUGUGCUGAAAUCAUUGUAUUUUAUUUAUCAGGAACAUUAAAGGAUAUGAAAAUAUAUAGAUACAUAAAAAUGUAAAUCCUGAAUCCAUCACACUGCAGUUCACAGCCCAGCAGACAGGUGGCACUGCAAACUAUACUGCAGCAGUGGAGGAGGCAAGAGGCAGCUGGGAGCAGCUCAGGAAAGCUAUGAGGGAGCAUUCCUGACAGGCUGGUCUAAAAGGGGGGGG